CAUAAGAUUUUAUCCGGUCUCUUCCAGAGCGAUACUGUGAUCCAUUGGAGACAAUUGCUGACCAAUAAAUUAUCCCACUUCAUAUUGAAUUAUCAGUUUUGUCAAUUGGGUGAGGUUGAGUGCAUUUAUACAAGUGUGUGGCGUUGGGGUGAGCCAGCCAAGGGCAACAAAAACAGUUGAAAGUAAGGUCCACUGAGAUGCCAAUCCACAAACAAGGUCAAGAUCCUGAUUCCACCCUAUCUAGUAAAAGCAUGAAUGGAAUCCCCCAUACCUGUGAAGAAUAUUCCAUACAUGGGCUGAUAAGACCCCCCUGUACAGAGUUGGCAGAUGGAGGGUGAGAAAAAUUGGUGUAGAAUGACCAAAUUUCAUUCGUACCUUUGAAUGGAGACAAUAAAAAAAGAUACUUAUUUAUUUCAGGCUAUGAAGGAUCUUUGUUUUGAAGAUAAGAGAUGCAAGUUGAACUGGAAUCCAUCUAGCUAAGAUGUCCCUGUGUGAUGGUUGUACAAGUAAUUAUUUUUUAACUAUCGCCCAUUUCUUUGAGAAUAACGAAGCAACAGUAUCUUUCCUGAUGGAACACAGUGUUCUGCCACAAAGUGUAAAGUGUCAGAAGUGCAACAGUGAGUGUACUUUCUGUGACAAUACAAAAAAUUGGAGUUGCACGGCUAGCUACGUGAUCCCCAAAACUAAGAAGUGCCGUUAUUGUGACUUCACUGUUGCUGACAGAAAGGGCACCUUUCCUGCAGAACAGUCACCUUCUAGUAUGGAAAUUUAUUUUAUUUGCCAUUCACUGGCUGCGUAGGCACUGGGACCACAAAACUGUACAGAGUAAUCUACAUAUAUCUCAUUCUACUUCCAUCAACUGGCAUUCCUUCUGCAGUAAAGUUAAAGAUUUCUGGUUGAAUAACCAAAGCAGCAUCUGUGUUCCUCAGACCACUGUGAAAGUGGAUCAGACAAAUUUGGCAGGAUGCCUGUUUAUUAAGGCUCACGAAAAAGACAGCAUCCUGCAAGCCUUCUUCCUUCAGGUGGCCUUGCUGUAUCCCCCACAAUGUGGGGAGCGUUGUCUGUCACCUCCCUUAACCCUCCUUCACCACUUUAGUGAGGAGGAGAGUGACAUUAAAUGAGUACUGUUACAUUGGCCAGAUCCGUGCAGUGUCUAUCACCAUGACCACUGUGCACUGGUUCAGGAAGGGGCUUCGACUCCACGACAAUCCUGCACUCCUGGCUGCUGUUAAAGAGGGUGCAGAGCUACGGCCGGUGUUUGUGUUGGACCCGUGGUUUGUGAAGCAUGCAAGGGUGGGCAUCAACAGGUGGAGGUUUCUAUCACAAGCUUUGAGGGACUUGGACGACAGUCUGCGGAAACUGAAAUCCAGGCUGUUUGUGGUGCGAGGCUCACCAGAAGAAGUGUUCCCAGCACUCUUCAAGAAAUGGGAUGUGCAGAAGAUCACAUGGGAGAUUGACACGGAGCCGUAUGCUCAGAGACGGGAUGAGAAGGUGGAGAGGCUGGCCAGGGAGUCCGGGGUGGAGGUGGUGUGUCGCCACGGUCACACCCUGUACAGGACUGAAAAAAUCAUUGAGGCUAACUUGGGUAAGGCCCCUCUGACCUAUGUCUCCCUGGAGAAGGUGGUGAGCAAGCUUGGUCAUCCUCCUAAGCCAGUGGACACCCUCAAUGACCUGCCAGAAUCCUGUCACGUACGUGGGGAGGCAGCAACAGAUGUCUCCUAUGAUGUUCCCUCUCUCAAAGAGCUGGGAGUGGAGGAGAGCCAGCUGGAGCCUUGCCUGUACCCUGGAGGGGAGACAGAGGCACUAGCUCGCCUAAAAAUAUACAUGGAACGAAAGAGUUGGGUGUGUAAAUUUGAGAAGCCCAAAACCUCUCCCACCUCAUUACAGCCAAGCACGACAGUCCUCAGCCCGUACCUCAAGUUUGGCUGUCUGUCACCUCGCGUCAUGUACCACCAGCUCAUUCAGAUUUACAAAGGCUCUGCACACUCAAAGCCGCCAGUGUCCCUCCUGGGGCAGCUGCUGUGGCGGGAGUUCUUCUACACUGUUGGAGCCGUGACGCCAAACUUUGACCGGAUGGAAGGCAACACAGUAUGUCGCCAGAUCCCCUGGGUGAGGGAUGACAAGCUGAUGGAUGCCUGGACCAAUGCCAGGACAGGCUAUCCCUUCAUUGACGCCAUCAUGACCCAGCUGAGGAAGGAGGGCUGGAUCCACCACCUCAGCAGGCAUGCCGUGGCCUGCUUCCUCACCCGGGGUGACCUGUGGCAGCCGUGGGAGGAUGGCAUGAAGGUGUUUGAGGAGCUGCUGUUGGAUGCUGACUGGUUCCUCAAUGCUGGCAACUGGAUGUGGCUCUCAGCAUCAGCGUUCUUCAACUCCUACUUCCGUGUGUACAGCCCCAUCGCUUUUGGCAAGAACACAGACAAACACGGGGACUACAUUAGGAAGUACCUCCCACAGCUAGCCAAGUACCCAGAAAACUACAUCUAUGAGCCGUGGAAGGCGCCCCUGGCUACACAGAGGGCUGCCGGUUGCAUCAUUGGACAGGAUUACCCAAGGCCCAUUGUAGACCACAGCAUUGUCAUGAAGCGUAACUUGGAUCGCAUGGCCAAAGCGUACAAAGCAGGUAAGGAGAAGAAGGCAUCAUCAGACAACCAGUCAUCACCCAAGAAGAAGAUGAAGAAGUAAGCCACAACAGAAUGUCACCACAGCUCAUUGACUCCAUACAUACAUUCUCUCCAUUGUGUUCUUUAGCUCAGGGAUGCUAGAAUCUCACUAUUUUUUCUCAUUGAAGUAGUUACCAGCUUUAAAUCUGUGUAUUAUAAGUGGGUUGGUGUGGAACUGCUAGGCUUUUUCAUCGUUACAUAAAGGAAGAUUUAGUGUUUGCAAGAAUGGGCUUUAGUCACAUCAUGGCAGCUUUUUUUAUCAGGUUCCUCAGGUUUGGGUGCCUUUUGAAGAUCUUAUUGUGUGUGCUUAGUAUGUGUAAGUGUUUUGCCAUCAGUAAUACUCAUAUUCCAAGUGUUUUCUCAGGUUGUUGUCAUAGUUUUUCUGUACAUAAAGGUGAUGGUGUGCCUCAUUAUUUUAUGUCUUGUCUGGUUUGGUGGAAGCUUUGUGUUUGGGGACCAUCUCAUACGCUGCUCAUCCACACUCACUCCUGCACACACUACGUACUUGAUUAUCAUAUCCUGGUGUGGGUGUCACUGGUUUAGGGAUGUAUUGAGAAAUGCUUUGCUCUCUCACCAUGACUAUUUCCAAAGGUCAGAGAUUAUUUGCCAUUUUCUCAUUAGUGUUUCCCCUUUUAUCAAUAUAGAAAUUUUGUCAUCUGCCACUAGAACCAUAAAAUCACCCUUAAAAACCUGUGUCACUGUAGGAGCCUUUAAACAGUAGCAGAGGUGUGGCAAAGAAGUGUUUCAUAAUGUGUUUAAGACCAAUUUUUUUAUAAUCAGAAUUGAGUUUCACCUUGCUGUCUUAGUGUGAGUAACUGGUUCAAUGUUAAGUAUUGCUGGGUUUACACAAAUACUUGUACUAUUUAUUUAUUUUUUUUAUAAGAUUAUGUAAGGUCUUAGAGGGGAAAUCUGGCCAAGGGCAAUGAAAAAUAUUAAUCCAAAAGGCCAACUUAGAUGCCAGUCCCCAAGGAGAUUCAAGAUAGGCAGCCAAAAGAAUGGGAUAAAUGAGAUCAGGUCAUAGGAAGAUGGAAAUACAGAAGCAGGUAAGGAGUUUCAGAGUUUACCAUUUCUCAUGCUCAUUUGGUCAUGAUCUGUGGCCCUUGCUUCUGUAGUGAUGGCCCACCUGUGUCCUGUGACUGAGUCUAUGAGCACACCUGUCGUGCUUCCCACAGGAAAUAAAACUGCUGCUAGCUUUAAAACUGAAGGGUGUUCUCAUCACUUUAACCCUUGUACUGCUGCUAUGGUUGUUUUUCUGCACCAAGACCAUUGUAAUAAUUGUUUGGAUGGGUCUAAAAGGAAAAAAAGAGAAUAUAAGGUUGACUUAAUCUUUUGCUAAGCUGCAGACUUCAUACUUUAGGGAUUAUACUACAAAGAUAAAAUUUUCAAAAGUUGUAUAGACAAUGAUAGCAAAGGUUGAUUAACAGUGAAAGGGUUAAAACAGAAGUGAAGAUCAUAUAUAAUUAAGUACAGUUUUUGUAAUCUUAAAGAAGUUAGGUGAAGAUGAAGCAUUCAGUACAAAAAGAUCUUAUAAUCUAAUUAUUAAGAUCUAGAUUUUUAAAAAGUUUAUUAAACAUUUGUUGUAAUUUAACAAAUAAAAAAAUACCAAUUUAAA